AUGGCCACUGAGCCCGACUGGCCAUGGCCACCGGGCCCCUACCAGCUGCCAGGCUGCGAUUGCCGUGGGUGCCUGGAGUGCCCAGCGCUCCCCGUGCCCCCGCUGUGCUCCCCGUCCGCCCCCGCCUUCUGGUUUUCUCCAACACAGGAACCACUGGGAACGAGCCGCGGGACCGCCCGCCCUCGCCGCUGCCCGACGUCCCGCCAUGAGGGGAACGGCGCAGGGCCCACCCCUAGGGCCCGCCCUCGACACCGGCUUCCCCGGGGCAGGGGGCGUGGCCAAACAGAAGGGGGCGUGGCUUCUCCCCUCCGCGGCGGCCGCCCGGGCCACGUGACGCCGCCCCCCGUCCCCGCCCGCCGCUCUCCCGGGUCAUAUGCCGGGGGCGGGGCGGGCCCGCGCGCUGCUGCUCGGGGCUCCGCUCUCCGCCGCGCUUCGUCGCCCCGCGGGGAGUCGAGCGGCACCGGCUCCCUCCGUCCCCUCGCCCGUCCCCGCCGCUCCGCCAUGUCCCCCGCCGCGGUGGCCCGGGGGCUGGCGCUGGCCGCCCUGCUGGUGCUGAGCCCGGCCGGGGCCGCCCGGCAGGCGCGGAGGCCCAACGUGGUGCUCAUCCUCACCGACGACCAGGACGUCUGCCUGGGCGGCAUGACCCCCCUAAAGAAGACUAACGCUCUCAUUGCGCAGAUGGGAAUAACCUUCCUAAAUGCAUAUGUUCCCAGUGCACUUUGCUGUCCCAGUCGAGCUAGCAUUUUAACAGGAAAAUACCCGCAUAAUCAUCAUGUUGUCAAUAACACCCUGGAAGGAAACUGUAGCAGCAAGUUAUGGCAGAAGAUUCAAGAGCCAUUCACCUUCCCAGCGCUGCUCAAAUCUAUGUGUGGCUAUCAAACGUUCUUUGCUGGAAAGUAUUUGAAUGAGUACGGAGCAGAGGAUGCAGGGGGAGUAGGUCACGUCCCUCCUGGAUGGAGUUUCUGGUAUGCUUUGGAGAAAAAUUCCAAGUACUACAACUAUACUCUUUCAGUAAAUGGCAAAGCACGAAGGCACGGUGAGAACUACAGCGUAGAUUAUCUGACAGAUGUUCUGGCCAACAUGUCACUGGACUUCUUGGAGUAUAAGUCUAAUUUCGAGCCUUUCUUUAUGAUGAUCUCAACCCCAGCCCCACACUCCCCUUGGACAGCUGCUCCACAGUACACGAAGAGCUUUCAGAAUGUCACUGCACCAAGAAACAGCAAUUUUAAUAUUCAUGGCAAGAACAAGCACUGGCUAAUUCGACAAGCAAAGACUCCAAUGACUAACUCUUCAAUACAGUUUCUUGAUAAUGCUUACAGAAAGCGGUGGCAAACUUUGCUGUCAGUAGAUGACCUGAUAGAGAAAGUAGUGAAGAAGCUGGAACUGAAUGGAGAAUUAGACAACACAUACAUCUUUUACACAUCAGACAACGGCUACCACACUGGCCAGUUUUCUUUGCCAAUAGACAAACGGCAGCUGUAUGAGUUUGAUAUCAAAGUCCCAUUGCUAGUUCGAGGACCAGGGAUAAAACCAAAUCAGACAAACAAGAUGCUCGUUGCAAAUAUUGAUUUGGGUCCCACUAUCCUGGAUAUCGCGGGGUAUGACUUGAACAAGACCCAGAUGGACGGGAUGUCGCUCUUGCCGCUGUUGAGAGGAGACAAAAACGUGACAUGGAGAUCAGACUUCUUGGUGGAGUACCAAGGAGAAGGAUACAAUGGCAGUGAUCCUACCUGUCCUGGCCUAGGACCUGGAGUCACGCACUGCUUCCCAGACUGUGUCUGUGAAGAUUCUUAUAACAACACAUAUGCUUGUGUAAGGACACUGUCAACCUCCUGGGAUCUGCAGUACUGUGAAUUUGAUGACCGGGAGGUGUUUGUGGAAGUGUAUAACUUGACUGCAGAUCCACACCAGAUCAAUAACAUCGCUAAAACAAUUGAUCAAGAAAUUCUAGAAAAGAUGAACUAUCGAUUAAUGAUGCUGCAGUCCUGUUCAGGAGCAACAUGCCGUACACCAGGUGUCUUCGAUCCUGGGUACAGGUUUGACCCACGGCUCAUGUUCAGCAAUCACGGCGUUCGGGCACGGAGGUUUUCUGCACGGUCCUUGUGAGGCACUGAAGAGCCUCUUGCAAUCAGCUCCCACUGACCAGUUCCUCCAGUGGCUGCAGCAGGUCUGUCUGUGUAACUCUCGCUGAUCGCAGCUGGAAGACUUCUCAUGGGCUAUUCAAACCCUGUUUGGAAGGAAAACCCUUGUCUUUUAGCUGGUUGCCUUGUGCAAUAUGUAUAUUUUACAGCUGAACUGUAACUCAAAAUCGUUAGACACGGCUAAUCUGUCUUGCUCAGAUAGUUGAUUACCACCUUUGUCUUUCAAGUACCUUUUCAUAUCACAGGCACAGAGGUGAACCUAUGCCUAUGAAUCUGAACAGUUUAUUUUGUUCUAAAAAAAAAAAUCAAUAAAUGUGUAUUUGAGUCAGGUUAGGUAGGCAGGUGCUAUUGCACAGUAAUGCUCACCCAUAUUCGGUGUCAUAGACUUCCUUAAAAGCUAUGUUUAAUUAUAGGUUUCCUGUAUCAAGCUCAAAGCUGUCAAGGACAAUAGCAAACUAGCCCAAAAUAGCGUAGGAAGGCUUUAGUCAACACUGUAGGAUCUGACUGGCAAGUGUCUUGUGCAGAGCUGAAAUCCAUAUGCUAAAUGUUCUCUUCCAACGAGACCACUUCAAAUGAGACCAAUAAAUUUUGUAGGACAGCUUUGGUAGCUUGCAAACAAGAAUGUAAUUUCAGCCUCCAUCUAGUCUGAAAUGCUGGAAUGGGUUACUAUGGACUACUGAAAAAACUCUUAGGGUUUAAUAUAGACCGCCUAGCAAAUUAAACAAAAGAGUGUUGAGACUAACAAGUAUUCAAAGAAGUGUGCCUGUAUUUUGAGCUAACUCUUAGAAUUCUGUUUUAAUAUGUGAACAGAAGUAAUAAUACUAAAAAAAAAAACCCACACCACAAAAAAACCCCAACACUGGGCACCGCAGUUGAGUUGAUCUGUCUCUAACCUCCAAAUGUCUUGAAUUAUCUAACAUCUUAUGCUGAUUAGAUUCUUGAAGGUAAAUUAUUUUGAGAGCAAACUAGCUAAAAAAUAAAUCAUGGCUCACUGGAAGUUAGGCUAGGAGGGCUAUUUUAGGCAGUUUAAGUGCUUCAUAGAGUGUUGCUUUUUGGUUGAGACAUAACUACUCGGAACCUGCAGUAAGUGGCCUUCACACCAAAGGACUGAUGUCAGAUGUCUGACUGCAGUUGCGCUAUCACUUGGUUUCCCUUUGGAAGGGGGAUGCUGUCUCUUCAACCUCCUGAUUCGGCUUAUCUGAAACGCAGCCAUUGCUUGCACAGAAACUUGAGUGUCUUUCCAAAUCUUGAAAAACACCCAGACUUGCGUUAGCAUCUAUCUUCUGUGUAGGUCCGUUGGCAAAACACCCUCUAGAAACUGAAUUGUGUAUCUUUUGCAAGAUGAUUUCAUGUUGCUUGUGGGCAAAUCGGCUCUGUUAUCUAGCAAGAUAAUUGUUCCCUUAUCAGUCUGUGGCACAACUGUUUAGUUUUCAGUUAGUUAUUUCAGAUCUUUUACCCAAAUAGAGAGCAUGAUGAUUUCAACUUCUGUCACCUAAAAUCUUCUACCAAGUAAUCAUUAAGUAGGCAACAACGUACGACUCUUUCAAAACUGUGGAGGUGUGUACUCCUGUGCACGGAUCUACAAACUGGAUACAAGCAAUGCUACAAUAAGAUAAGUUAAACUUUUUUGCCUUUUUAUCCUGAAGCACAGAAGUUGUCCUUCACGUACCUUAGAGUUGCAAACUUCUGUGAUGGUCUACAGGUUAGAUUUUAUAGAGCUUUUGUCUCAAAUCCAACUCAUGGUUUCAAAUCUCAUCUCUAGAGUGACCAAAUAUUUGGAGAAAAAAAAAAUCACUUGAAAGGUAACUUUUCAGCUGGAGCAUCUGUAUAAAUGUAGAGCGUUUUGGAUAUUCAAACUACUUACUUUCAAAAACUCAGGACUUUUUUUUUUUCUUCCACUACAACUGUAGCUUUAUCCUUUUUUUUUGUUUGUUUCUGAAGCCUUAGUAUUGCCCAUCAAUAUCCUUCAGACUCUGUUCUGUCUUUAAAAACAAAACCAAAGUUGUUUUCAUGCUCUCAGUUUUCUUGCACACUGAGCUAAACCUGGAGUAGUGUUUUGCUCAGAUAAUUCUAGCAACUUAGACUUGUUCUUUGUUUCAACUUUAUUUUGGUAGCUGUGUGGAGGCUCGUGGAAAAUACAUUGAUUGCUGCACGUUAAACCCCCAACAGUUAUAUCAAACCUAGGUCCUGUGUCAAGUUUCUGCUUGAGUUAAAUUUCAGUGCAAGCCACGUGUGUUAUGUUGCUCCUUAAUAGAAAGAAAAACCAAAACUUUGUUAUGGGUACAGAUGUGUAAUUCUAAAGCUGUCUUUUCUUAAAGUGAUCUUAAGCCAUAAGAAGGAAGUUUUCUUUUGAAUUAUUUACUUUUUGCCUAAUAACUGAUAUGAAAGUUGACAGAAUUGGUACAGAUUUUUGAGUAUGUGUCACCAGAUGUUUCACCUAAAUUAACACUUUUGCUAUCUGCACAAACCUCUAAAACAUUUUGUCACUAACUAGGCUCAAUAACUUACACACUCGCUGUUGGAGAACCACACUAUACCUGAAAUCUGCCAUAGGUAGUAAAUGUUGUAUUAAAUUGAAAUUCAGAAUGAAAUUAGUCAGUCCUUACUUAACCAGAACAGCAGCUCAGGGAAGUAUCUGCUUCACUCCCACUUUUGAUAAAUACUGAAGAACUGUUCAGUAAAAGCAUGUAGUUGAAGGAAAAAGAGGAACCAAGAGCUGCCUGCCUUCCAUUGCUUUAGUGGAGUUUGUCACUCGCCUCGUGUCUAUUUCCAUGAAGCAGUUACUUCUGAGUAUUUUUACAGCCUUGAAUGAACAGUGUUAAUUCUAAUCCUUGAUGAUUAUUAAAACAACACCAUGAAGGAACUUUGACUCUUACCCAGAUCUAACUCCCAACUAAGUGAUUUUAAAACUAAAUGGUCUUCCUGGAUAUUCCAUUUCAUAUGCUAUUUGACCGUGGCUGUAUCUGUACCUUGUUACUGAAGCCAUUCAUGGUAAAUGAAAGGGCUUUACCGGUACAAAGUUGGGUUUAGAUAAAAUGUGAUGAUUUAUUUUUUUUUUGUGAUCAUUAUUAUCGAAAGCAGAGCUGUGAAUUUUAAUGAUCUGAUCUGGUAAAGUAGAUACUAUACAGGGAGAAAUACAGUUAAUAACUUUAUUACAUUAUCCUAAACCAAAAGAACAUUCCGUAUCAUCACUUCAGCAUAAGUGAUUACAGCUGGUACCUCCUUACCCAGCAUAGGCCCAGUAAAUUGGGCUUCUUGAUUUUGAUGAAUAAAGCUGUAACAGGGACAUCUACAUGCAAACACAUACCCAAAGCAGGUAUAAUGCCUUUUUCAAUCAAGUUACAUUUAAGACUGAUUCUACAAGCUAAAUACAAUAUUUCAUCAUAAUGAAACAGCUGUCAUUUACUGUGAUUCAAUGAAAAUGAAUUCUAUUUGUAUUACUCUCUCUGUAUGUGAGCAUACUUUGCUGUAGCAUGUUGUAAGCGUACUUAACUUCUGCUGGUUUGAACAUUUGUUUAGAAAGUGCCCUUCCAGAGGACCCUGGUCACUGCUGCACUUUUGGGGAAAGAAAAAAUAAACUGCCUAUCAAACUUC